AUGGCUGUCUUGAUUCUCAUCGUCAUCUUUCUCCAGGACGGCUUCUCCGCCUUUCAAGACUGGUCCACGCAGAAGACGAUGAAGUCCAUCACCAACCUCCUUCCCUCGGAGACUCUCAUCAUGCGCAAUGGUGAUGUCAAACGAGUGACAGCAUCUGAGCUUGUGGAAGGUGACAUAGUUCACCUGCGUACAGGCAGCAAGGUCUUGGCCGAUCUUCGACUUCUUUCCCACUCCGGCGAUAUCCGUUUCGACCGAGGCGUACUUACUGGCGAAUCCGACGAGUUUGAAGGCGCCAUCGACUCGACCGAUCCGAACUUUCUCGAGAGUCGUAAUAUUGCGUUGAUGGGUAAAAUUGUUGUAAGCGGCCACGAUGUCGGCAUCAUCAUCUUGACUGGUGCUCAGUCGGUCAUGGGAAGAGUUGCAAGGGCUGCAACAGAUGUCGGAGAGAAGGCCACACUGAUCCAGAGAGAGAUAUGGAGAUUUGUUCGGAUCAUCGUCGUUCUCACUGUGCUCCUGGCACUCUCGAUCUUUGUGGCCUGGAUCGCUUGGCUGAAGCGGGAUCACCCUUCCUACAUGAACGUGGUACAGAUGCUGAACAAUGUGAUGGGCUGUGUCGUCGCUUUCAUCCCCGAAGGCAUGCCGGUGGCUGUUACCCUGACCCUCAUGAUGGUCGCCCGGGUUGAAAUCUUGCCCAAGGGUCUUUCUACUGUUGAAACCUUGGGCUGUGUCAACGUCAUCUGCUCUGACAAGACCGGAACGUUGACAUAG